CUAUCCACAGUCUCUGGUCAUCCCUGUGCUGUCCGCAGUCUCUGGUCAUCCCUGUGCUGUCCGCAGUCUCUGGUCAUCCCUGUGCUGUCCGCAGUCUCUGGUCAUCCCUGUGCUGUCCGCAGUCUCUGGUCAUCCCUGUGCUGUCCGCAGUCUCUGUCUCUGGUCAUCUCCUGUACUGUGUCCGCAGUCUCUGGUCAUCUCCUGUACUGUGUCUGCAGUCUCUGGUCAUCUCCUGUACUGUGUCCGCAGUCUCUGGUCAUCUCCUGUACUGUGUCCGCAGUCUCUGGUCAUCUCCUGUACUGUGUCCGCAGUCUCUGGUCAUCUCCUGUACUGUGUCCGCAGUCUCUGGUCAUCCCUGUACUGUGUCCGCAGUCUCUGGUCAUCUCCUGUACUGUGUCCGCAGUCUCUGGUCAUCUCCUGUACUGUGUCCGCAGUCUCUGGUCAUCCCCUGUACUGUGUCCGCAGUCUCUGGUCAUCUCCUGUACUGUGUCCGCAGUCUCUGGUCAUCCCCUGUACUGUGUCCGCAGUCUCUGGUCAUCUCCUGUACUGUGUCCGCAGUCUCUGGUCAUCCCUGUACUGUGUCCGCAGUCUCUGGUCAUCUCU